AUGGCUUCUCUCAUCCUCCAAAUCGUCUGGAUGGCGAUGAACCGUGCCCGGACACUGGGCACACACUUCGGCAACAACCGCCUUCAGGCGGAACUACUGGAGGACAUCCGGGAACUCCUUGGCGAGGCUCGCGGCUAUCGCCUUCGUGGCGAACGCCGUGAUCUCAACAGGAACCCCGGGCGUUUUCCUGUACGACGUCGCUUCGGGGGAAACCGACAUGCAAACGUCGGCCCUCCGUCACGGCGUUCGGUGGUGUCAUCCACGGCUUCGCCCGUGGCGCCAUCCGCGGCUCCGCCCGCGGCGCCACCGUCGAGGGCACCGACUCCACCGGCGCCUCCAGCGCCGGUCCUUGCCUUGCCGGCUCCACCCCGGCCUCGGUGCCCGCUCCACGGCGACGGCCCGUGCCCACCACCGCCACCAUCCAUGGUGGCCAGCCAAUGGCUGUCACUGGGCAUAGAGCCGCAGUCGCCGAUUCGGUACCCGACGCCGACGCCGUCUUCUGAGCGGGCUGCGCACAGCCCGCCUCCGCGCCGUCCGUCUCCACCAACAAUCGCGGCGCGGAUGUCGGCGCCGACUCGUCUGCCGCCGUACUUCGGCGACCCGGCGGCGCAGCCCGCGCUCGCCCGCGGCGCUGCGCGGCUUCCACGGCUCCUCCACGCGCUCCGACAACGGCGCGGCCACGCUUGGCUGCGAGGCGCCCCGACCGCGGCCUCACCUGCUCAGCCCGACGUGGCCCCACAGGGCGCACGCAGGCCAAGGCGGGCCCACGCGGCCACCCCACGCGCGCGGAGCAGGGGCGCGCCCCCUGGCGGCGGCGGCUUGGAGGCCCUCCUGGCCAGGGCGCUGGCGGCGGCGACUGGGAGGCUGGGGGUUAGGGUUUGGAAACCCUAG